AUGGAAUCAGUACGUAAGGCCAAACAACGUUUACGAAACUAUCCAAUUCUAUUAGGAAAAUGUGCCGAAACGGCUACAGUUUAUGCGGCCUGUGUAAGUCGGGACUUGAAUGUACAACACAAAAUCUGUGACAAGGAGUUUCAACUGUUUAAAGACUGUCUACAGAAGGCAGCCCAUGAAAUGAAAACAAAAUUAUAAAGAAAAUCAAGCAAUAUAGAAUUGCAAUAAAACAAAGAAAACACACAUA